UCAGUGUACGGUAUGUGUCAGAAAGAGGGAGGGGAGAGAAAAGGAGGGAGGUAGAGAGAGAGAUAUAGGGAAGUCCAACCAUGUUAGCCUGUCAGAUGGACAUUGCACACCUUCUGGCUUCCACAUGUAGACGUCUCAGUCUCCUGUACUCGCUCACUUCAAUCCCUUCAUCUUCUCAUCUUCAUCAUGGAUCCCUCACCUUCUUAACAUCCGGACCGCUGAUACUUACACAGAAACAGUCCCUCAGACAGAGACCAGCUUAUUUCUUCUAAAGGAUUUUGGAAAACUCUGGAGAGGAUCAUUCUUCUUCUACAGACUCCAAUAUGGCAACAUACCUUUUCUCGCUCUUCCUGACAGUGAUGGUCUGGCGUGGAGAUUUCUGUUCCCUGGGGGAGGGCAGGAGGCAGUGGCAGCAUCCCACCACCCCAGAGCCCUUCACCCAGAGCCAGUCCUUCUUCCAUGGGACCUUCCCCCCAGGGUUCCUCUGGGGUACGGGGACCUCUGCCUUCCAGACCGAGGGGGCCUGGGACUGUGACGGUAAAGGCCCCUCAAUCUGGGAUCACUUCACCCACUCAGCCCCCCACCAAGGUGAUGGAAGUAUCGCUGACACGGCCAGUGACGGCUACAACCGCUGGGAGGAGGACAUUGAGGCGCUGGGGUACCUCGGGGUGCGCUCCUACGCCUUCUCCCUCUCCUGGCCCCGAAUCUUCCCCGACGGUGUUGCCACAGGUCGGCCCAAUAGGGUGGCUGUGGAGCACUAUGGGAGACUGCUCGACAGGCUCCUGGAGAGGGGAAUUGAGCCGGUGGUCACCCUGUUCCAUUGGGACCUUCCCCAGGCCCUGCAGGAGCACUAUGGGGGGUGGAGGAAUGACACCCUGGUGGGUUUGUUUGAUGCAUACGCUGCCUUCUGUUUUCGAACGUACGGGGGCCGUGUGAGGUACUGGAUCACCAUACACAACCCCUACCUGGUGGCAGUCCAGGGGUACGGGACAGGGGUGCACGCGCCUGGAGAGACAGGCGACGCCACCGCACCCUUCAAUGUGGCCCACAACCUCAUCAAGGCGCAUGCCAAAGCAUGGCACACCUAUGACACCUACUUCCGGCCGACUCAGAAUGGUAAAGUGUCCAUCGUCUUGGGUUCCCAUUGGAUGGAGCCUAAGAGAGACCAAGCCACAACGGUCAAUAUUGAACUCUGCCAGCAGUCCAUGGAGGCGGUGCUUGGCUGGUUCGCCAAUCCCAUCUUCAGGGAUGGGGACUACCCAGCAUCCAUGAGAUCCACCCACAGGGGGCUUCUGCCUGAGUUCACCCCAGAGGAGAAACACUUGGUGCGGGGAACGGCUGACUUCUUUUCCCUGUCCUUUGGGCCUAACAACCUGCGUCUGGGCCGGAGUCUAGCCCACUAUGGGCAGACUGUGUACCCGGACAUGAGGCGGGUGCUGGGCUGGGUGAGGCUGGAAUAUGGGGACCUGCCUGUGCUGGUGGCGGAGGGGGGCUGGUUCUCAGCUGCAGCUGUGGAGAGGGAGGAUACAGAUGCCAUCUACCUGAUGAAGAGGUUCAUCAACCAGGUGCUGCAAGCGAUGGUGUUUGACGGUGUCAGAGUGUUUGGCUACACAGCCUGGUCUCUGGUGGAUGGUUUUGAGUGGAACUACGGCUACAGUGUGAGACGAGGCCUGUUCUACCUAGACUUCAGCCAGGUCAACAGAACCAGGGUUCCCAAGACCACUGCUCUGUUCUACAGGCAGGUCAUCAAGGACAACGGUUUCCUCAGUGAUGAGAUCACCGGAGAGGUCAAAGGGCGUUUCCCAUGUGACUUCCAAUGGGGUGUGGCCGACUCCAGCCUACAGGUCAAUUUCUAUCCCUUCUCCCCUCAAUUCACCGACCCCCACCUGUACAGCUGGAACCUGACAGGGGAUGGGGCACUGCGUCCUGUCCAAGGAGUCAACCUCCACAUCAGGGGGGCACAGUGCACUGACUACCUGGCCAUCAGUGGUCACGUGAGCCUCUUUAAGUCCACAGGGGCAUCUCACUACCUCUUCGCCCUCAACUGGUCCCUAAUCCUUGCCCAAGGAGAUCUGUCUAAUGUGGACACAGAGGCCCUAAGGUACUACCGCUGCUUCCUCACCGAACUCCGCAAGCAGGGCCUGGAGGCUGUGGUCACUCUCUACUACCCUACUAACAGAGUCCCUCUGCUGGGCUUGCCCGGCCCGCUGCAUGCCUCUGGCGGCUGGCUGAACCAGAGCACGGUGGAGGCCUUCCAGAGAUACGCAGCCCUCUGCUACAGGGAGCUGGGGCCCUGGGUGAGCUACUGGAUUACCAUCAAUGAGCCCAACAGACUAGUGGAUGCCUACAAGAUCGGGGAGGAGCAGCAUCUGGCAGCCCAUAAUCUCCUCCUGGCCCACGCUAAGGCCUGGAGGCUUUAUGAGAGGGAGUAUCUCAGCCAACAGGGAGGACUGGUGUCCCUGGCUCUGCACGCAGACUGGGUAGAACCCGCCAACCCCUUCCUGGAGUCACAUGCAACAGCCGCUCAGAGAUUCCUGUUGUUUGAGCUUGGUCGUUUCCUAGACCCACUACUAGGGAGCAGAGAGGGGGAGGGUAAGAGUGGUAGGUACCCUCCAGAGGUGAGGACGUACUUGGAGGAGAGGGCAAGGGUGAUGGGCCUCCCUGGAUCCCCACUACCACACUUCACCGCCAGGGAAAAAGAGGAGCUAGGAGGGGCGCUGGGCUUCAUUGCACUGAACCACUUCACCACACGUCUCGUGUCACCACGCCCCCAGUCUCCUCAGACUGCCCCACCUAACCCUCAGCAACCUCCAGACCAUGGCUGCCUGCUGAUGUCUGACCACACCUGGGCCUCUUCUGGUCUGGAGCAGGCAGUGGUCCCCUGGGGCCUCCGGAGGGUGCUGCGCUGGGUGAAGGAGAGGUAUGGAGGGGCCCUGCCUGUUGUAGUCACAGCCAGUGGGGUAGAUGACCAGGCCCCUGUAAAUGAUCUGCUCAGGCAGCACUACAUCAGGAAUUACCUACAGGAGGCCCUCAAAGCUCGCCAGUUGGAUGGAGUCAACCUAAAGGGCUUCUACGUCUGGAAGCUGCAGGAUCGACACGUCCCUGAGUUCGGCCUCUUCACCUCUUCCCACCACAAGUCCCGACCCAAAGCCUCCAUCGCAACCUACAGAGAGAUCAUCGAGCGCAGCGGUUUCCCUGGCAACAACGUGACAUCCUCCUGUAGGAUCAUUGACCGCAGGGCGGUGUGUUCCAUCUGCGCUCGCAUCUCAGAGAACAAACUGCUGCUGUUCUUCGCUGCAUGUCUCCUCCUUACAUUAGCUAUGCUGGUGGGGGUCGUCAUCGUCGUCGUCAGGGGGAAGAGGACUAGGAGGAGGAGAAGGGUGGGUUUGCCGGUGUGUCCCAUCCCGCUCGGGAGGAAGUGUCAGCCGUGGGAGAGAGUGUCACUACAGAGUGUGACGGAUAGGAUCCGCGUGGUCCGCCGUUAGUUAGGGCCUCAUUCAUACGGAGUUUGUUCCUGUUGUAGUGGCCUGCAGGUUUUACAUGCCAGCCAAGCUUCCGGGAGAGCGCCAUGGUGCCCUUUUGAGUCGUGGUUCUUAGGGACAGGUCUAGGAUCAGCUUACCCUCCCCAAAACCUUGAACUUAGUGGAUAAAUGAAAAAUUUAGAUCAGUGUUCUAGGGAGCAACUUCAUUAUCCUCCACAAGCCCAAUGGGACUGGGCUCAACGCAGUGGGAUCAGCAAGGGCCAAGGGGUCAUCUUCUGUCUGAGCCCUAGAGAUACCACAUAUUGAUGAUCAAUGUAUAGGCAAUUAACAUAAUUGACCGUAUGUAGGCUAUAUGUUAUCACUGACAAGAAUAUGAUGUUGCCAUGGGAUUGCUUUGUUGUUUCGUUGACAGGACGUUGGCUACAGCUUGAGAUUUUCUAUGAAUGCUGCUGUUGUGAUGUACUGAUCAUGUAUGGUGUACAAGACCGGCGUGCUGACUUGAUGGUGUGUGUCAUAGUGUGUCCUCACCUGUCUUAUAAUUUGGUGGGUACUUAUAUUUGUCCUAUUUCACACGUGUACAAGUGUGUACAAGUGUGAAUUUAUACGUGUGAAUUGUUUUUUGCAUAUCCCAACUCUCCCUGAGACACCCUUGCACAGUCUUUGUAUAUUUGUAGUAAGGAGUUCCUCAAAUAGGGAGUCUGCGCUGAUGGCAGUAGUUUUUGUCCCUCUGUGCUACAGAGACAAAACCACUUGAACAUGUUAUCUACAAAUGGCUAACUCAAGCGCUUAUUCUAAUAUGAAAUCAAAUGGAAUCGUUGUGCCAGAAGUUGCUGCUCUAUAUGGGCACUGUUUCCUUCAGACACUGCUGCCCCCUUGUGGGGGUCUUAUGUCCAAAAACUGGUUCAGGGCCCUUGAUAAGAAAAUAGAGAGAGAAUGAGAGAGAGAGAAUUGAGAGUGAGAGAGAAAUAAUUGGUAGAGAGAGAAUUGAAUUGAGAGACAGAGAACUGAGAGUGAAUUUAAUUGAGAGAGAGAGAGAGAGAGAGAGAGAGAGAGAGAGAGAGAGAGAGAGAGAGAGAGAGAGAGAGAGGUUGAAUCCAAGAUGGCGUAGCAGUAAAGACGUUGUUUGUUGUUGUCCUGUGUAAAUAUUUCCAUUGUCUUUUUUGUAUAUAUUUCAAUAUAUUUCAAUCUCUUUUUCCAUUUUUAAAUUAAAUAUACCUUCCAGCAA